GGAAUAUACUUGAUAAGUAUUUCGUAAACAGUAAAUAUGGCGUCCACGUAUCUUUACCUGUUAAUCGUUAUGGUUUUGUUUUACUUGAAUACUGUCAAAGGACAAAACCUUUGUACAAGAAAUCAGACCGUGUGCUGGAUGUCUGAUAUUACUUAUUUCUGUAUACCGUCCUCCCAUAGAUGUGACGGUGACCGAGACUGCCCGGACGGAUCAGACGAAGAAGGAUGUGGUGAUACUGUCCGAUAUUGUCACUGUCUAUAUCUAUGGGAGUGUGGUCUAGACGAUUGUAUAAAUGGUUGUCAGACCGGCUGGGAAGGAUACAAAUGUGCAUUCAAAGAAAGAAACAAAGCCAGCACACGAAUUCAUACAGCCCAAACUACAACAAGCCAAACAAAGGACGACACGUCAUGUCAUUGUGAGGACCAAUCAAUGUGUGAUGAUUAUACUCGAAGCAGGUCGUGUUAUUGCCAGGAAGGUUGGACAGGCAGUCGUUGCAGCCUGAAAAUCAAGACUGCAAUCGAAGAUUCCUUGCCAAUGAUUGGUGGAGCUGUUGUGAUUUUCUUUGUCGUUAGCGCAUGCGUGAUCAUAGCUGGCUGUUACAAUCGCGAUCGAAUAAGACGAGGAAUUCGACGUGACGGUUGGCCCUACAGAGGAUUGACCAAUUCACAGGAAAGUGUCUCAGGAUCCUCCCCGUCCUCUAGGUCACACAGAUUGGCCUCAGCCCCACCUUCUUACGAUGACGUAGUCAACCAGGGACAAGAGCGUAAUUCUUCACCAGUUUUUAUCGUUCUGUCCCUUGAAAAUGAAUCGUCUUCAAGCAACGGAGAAAACUCAAAUGAACCGCCUCCCCCGUCAUAUGAGUCCAUUAUUAAAGAACAAGAACGAGAAGGAAACCAGCUGCAAAGAGAUCCAGUUCAUAGUGAUAUAUGUAAUGAACAAAGUGACGCAAAUAGUGAAUCAAUUGUACCACGUGUUCAGAAUCAAAAUCAAACAGAAAGUGAACUGCCAAACCAGCAAAACACAGAAAAUACCAACACAGCUGACGUUGCCAUAAUGUAGUUUUUUUUUUUUUUUGGGGGGGGG